CGCAGCGCUGGGGUAGAAGCUGUAGGUGCGGGAGCUCCCGCUACGUGCUGGUGCUGCAGGGUGCGGCGGCGGCUGCGGCUCCGGUGGCGGUGGGUCCCCGCGAGGUGACCUCUCUGGUGCUGCCUCCUCGCUGGUAGCGAGCACAGCCCCACUGGGUAGCCCCAGCGCUUGUUUCUCUUCGCACCGCCCUUCCUGCCUUAAAGGAGGGAAGGCGGGGGGGGGGUCGCUUGAGCUUGCAAAAUGGCUGACAGCCGGGACGACGCCUCGGACCAGCUGAAGCACUGGCGGAGCCAGCGGGGCUCGCAGAAACCAGAUGUCUUGACCACUGGUGCUGGGAACCCAGUAGGGGAUAAGCUUAAUGUUCUGACAGCGGGGCCGCGUGGACCUCUUCUUGUUCAAGAUGUUGUUUUCACUGAUGAGAUGGCUCAUUUUGACAGAGAGAGGAUUCCUGAAAGAGUUGUGCAUGCAAAAGGGGCAGGAGCUUUUGGCUAUUUUGAAGUCACGCAUGAUAUUACCCAGUAUUGUAAGGCCAAAGUGUUUGAACACAUUGGAAAAAGAACUCCGAUUGCUAUACGAUUCUCCACUGUUGCUGGAGAAUCUGGGUCAGCUGAUACAGUUCGUGACCCUCGAGGAUUUGCAAUGAAAUUCUAUACAGAAGAGGGUAACUGGGAUCUUGUGGGAAAUAAUACUCCUAUCUUCUUCAUUCGGGAUGCGAUGUUGUUUCCGUCCUUCAUCCAUAGCCAAAAGAGGAACCCUCAGACUCAUUUGAGGGAUCCUGACAUGAUGUGGGACUUCUGGAGUCUUCGCCCUGAGUCCUUGCAUCAAGUGUCUUUCUUGUUCAGUGAUCGUGGUAUUCCCGACGGCUAUCGCCACAUGAAUGGAUAUGGAUCACAUACUUUUAAACUAGUUAAUGCUAGUGGAAGAGCAGUUUACUGCAAAUUCCAUGUGAAGACUGACCAGGGCAUCAAAAAUCUUUCUGUUGAAGAAGCAGAAAGAUUGGCUUCUACUGAUCCUGACUAUGGAAUACGCGAUCUUUACAAUGCCAUUGCCAAAGGGGACUAUCCAUCGUGGUCUUUCUACAUUCAAGUUAUGACGUUUGAAGAAGCAGAGCAAUUUCCAUUCAAUCCUUUUGAUUUAACUAAGAUUUGGCCGCACGGUGACUACCCUCUCAUCCCUGUGGGAAAGCUUGUCUUGAACAGGAAUCCUGUCAAUUACUUUGCAGAGGUAGAACAGAUGGCCUAUGAUCCCAGCAACAUGCCGCCUGGUAUUGAACCUAGCCCUGAUAAAAUGCUGCAGGGUCGUCUCUUUUCGUAUCCUGACACUCACAGACACCGGCUGGGACCUAACUAUCUCCAAAUUCCUGUGAACUGCCCCUUCAGAACUCGUGUGGCCAAUUACCAGAGGGAUGGGCCGAUGUGUGUUUCUGACAACCAAGGUGGUGCCCCAAACUAUUAUCCAAAUAGUUUUACUGGUCCGGAAGAUCAGCCCAUGGUAAAGGAAUGCCGUGUGUCUGUUUCCGGAGAUGUGCAGCGCUUCAAUAGUGCAAAUGAAGAUAAUGUGACUCAGGUACGAGAAUUCUAUACCAAAGUGCUGAAGGAGGAUGAACGUCAAAGGCUGUGUAAAAAUAUUGCUGAUCAUCUUAAAGAUGCGCAACUCUUCAUUCAGAAGAGAGCUGUGAAAAACUUCACUGAUGUUCAUCCUGACUAUGGUGCCCGUAUUCAGGCUUUGCUGGACAAAUACAAUGCUGACAGUGGGAAAAAAGAUGUAAUUAGGACAUAUUCACAGUCCACAUCUAGUGUGUCUGCCAAAGAAAGAUCCAACUUGUAAAGUGUGCUGCAGAGAUUUAUUCUAUGAAUUUUCCGUCCCUACAACCGCAGGACAACCUGUUGAGUGUAGCAGACUUCCGCACAAGUAUAGAAGUGUUUUACAGGCUUGAUUUAUUAAGCUUUCAAGUGCCUGUAUCUGUAUUGGAAACUAGGUAACAAACUAACAAUCCUAGUGCCUUUCAACACUAGUGCUUUGCUGCUUAUUAACAACACGUGAUGUUUUUCAGGAAACUCAUGAUUAAAAAUUGUCUCUGUUUCUAGAAGUAAACAUAAGUUUAAUUAAAAUACUUUCACUUUUUUUUCAUUAUAAAACUUCCCUGCCUAAUCAUGCAAUAAAACUUCUGUAAUGACACUGUGAUUAUCCUUACAGAUAAAUGUGUUCAUGUUAAGAAGUUGAAGUUGCUUGAUAUUUCUGAUAAAAUAGUUAUCUGUAUGCAUUUGUAGACGCUUCCUUUUGAAUUUCACUUUUGGCUAUCCAAAUGUGGUAAAUGAUAAAAAGGUAAAAUGAUAAGUAGUAGUUUGAGUAAAGUGUUGGUUAUGUCGUAUUCCUUAUGACUGAAAUGAAGCUAACUAGAAAGUUUAAUCUCAACAUAUGUAAAUUUUAUUCCCAAUAUAUAUUUUAAGAUAAUCUUUGCUUACGAAUGCUAGGUUGGGAUAUAGCUGACCUAAGGGAGAUAAGAAAGGAUAUUUUCUUAUUACAUACACUUUACAACUAAAUUGAUUACAUCUUACAGGUCUUUAGUGGGGAGGAAAUUGUUCUUUCUAAUCUGUAAGAAUUUAAAAUGAACAAUAUUAAUUUUCUGAGUGUCUGAGAAAUUAACCUCCAAAUGCGUGAAUAUUCCUAUCUUGGCCAAAUUCUAUCUCAAGCACUUUCAGAACUAUUCUCAGUGGUUCCUGAAAUUCUGCUCGUUUACUGCCCAAUCUAAUAAUGCUCUAUAUUGAUCAAGCCAGAGCUAGUUCUCAGAGUUCGACUUGAAUUCAAGUGGCAAGUUUGAAUGAAUGUGGGUAUCUGUAGCUAGAUAUACGUAUAAAACUACCUUGGUUGACUAUGAGUAGUGAUCACCUAAGAAAGCACCUUGUCAGCAUCUGAAUACUUUACUAUACAAAACUUAGAUUAUUGUUUUAUAAAGGCCAAAAUCUCACUUAGGAAUUUUUCUUAAUUUGGAAAGUGUUACCCGGUUAUGGAGUAAUUAGCGUCCAAGGUGACUGUUGGAGUUUAGAAUAAAAAUCUGUCCUGUCUGUUGGACAUUGAAGUUAGUCCUAACAGACCAAAAGAGUUUCAGAAGUGCACUCAGUAGGAUCAGGCAAUUCCCCAUGCGUCUGAAGUCCUGGCAAGUUUUAAUAACUGCUCUGCCUGUUACUUCUUCCUCUUCUCUUGACAAAGAGAAAGAUCGGUGUAUAUGUGUAAUUAGUCCAGAUCCUAGUUGUGCUGCAUUGCCCCUUGUUUGAAUUAUUUGCUUUCCUUGUUUGCCUGAUGAUACUGCCUCAUUUGCAUUUGGAAGAAGCAUGAAUUAUGGUAUAAAGGAUUUCAGAGCCCAACCACUAUCUCUAAACUCAAGCAAAUGUUUUGCAAACUUCAAAUCAUAGCAGUUUUUAAUAUUCAGAGCAUUUCUCAGUCUGUCCUGAGUUGUAUUUUGAAUAGGAGUACUUUCUGAUUUGGCAUUUAAAUGUGAAUUAGCAUUCCAAGAAGUGGAAUGGUAAAGAAGAGUAGAUGCUAAGUGCCGUUCCAUUAAAUUGUAGAAAGCUACUUCUUCUCCCACUCACUUAUCUACUAACCUAUUGUGAAAAAUCAGCUGUGAUACAGAUGCAAUAAAAUAAUAUGAACCAAUAGCCUGCUCUAUUCUGGGAUUCGGUUUGGAUUUUUACCUGAUCAGGCAGAUGGGAGCUGAAGGAACUACACGAAUGGGUGGGAAUAUUUCUUGCUGGAACACGGAAUCCUAAAGAGUUUGGAAAAAGAGUAACCAAGGCUUAAUCUUUAAUUUUGGUUGUGUCUGCUAAAUGAAUUAUAUUGUCUUUCUCUGAUUUCUGAAAUAAAACUGAAAUUAAAGAUCUCCUGGCAA